CGCUCAUCUUCUUCAUUCAUCAGCUUCUCAUUGAAAAUCGCUCUAGCUUCCGGUUGAUUUCCAGCUUUUCUUUUCUCACUAAAAUCUUUUUCUCUCUCUCUCUUAGCUUUGGAAGAUGCAGAUCUUUGUGAAAACCCUAACAGGCAAGACUAUUACUCUUGAGGUGGAGAGCUCCGACACCAUUGAUAAUGUAAAGGCCAAGAUCCAAGACAAGGAAGGCAUCCCACCGGAUCAGCAGCGACUGAUCUUCGCCGGCAAGCAGCUCGAAGACGGUCGGACCCUCGCCGACUACAACAUCCAGAAGGAGUCGACUCUCCACCUCGUUCUCCGUCUCCGUGGCGGGAUGCAGAUCUUCGUCAAAACCCUAACCGGGAAGACCAUCACCCUCGAGGUCGAGAGCUCCGACACCAUUGACAACGUCAAGGCCAAGAUCCAAGACAAGGAAGGCAUACCUCCGGAUCAGCAGCGGUUGAUCUUCGCCGGAAAGCAAUUGGAGGACGGUCGCACGCUCGCCGACUACAACAUCCAGAAGGAGUCGACUCUCCACCUCGUGCUCCGUCUCCGCGGUGGCAUGCAAAUCUUCGUCAAAACCCUAACGGGGAAGACCAUCACCCUCGAGGUCGAGAGCUCCGACACCAUUGACAACGUCAAGGCCAAGAUCCAGGACAAGGAAGGCAUCCCUCCGGAUCAGCAGCGGUUGAUCUUCGCCGGGAAGCAAUUGGAGGACGGUCGCACCCUCGCCGAUUACAACAUCCAGAAAGAGUCGACUCUCCACCUCGUGCUCCGUCUCCGCGGCGGCAUGCAGAUCUUUGUCAAAACCCUAACGGGGAAGACCAUCACCCUCGAGGUCGAGAGCUCCGACACCAUUGACAACGUCAAGGCCAAGAUCCAAGACAAGGAAGGCAUCCCUCCGGAUCAGCAGCGGUUGAUCUUCGCCGGGAAGCAAUUGGAGGACGGUCGCACUCUCGCCGACUACAACAUUCAGAAGGAGUCGACCCUGCAUCUGGUGCUGAGAUUGAGGGGAGGGAUGCAGAUCUUUGUGAAGACUCUGACAGGGAAGACCAUCACGCUGGAGGUGGAGAGCUCGGACACCAUAGACAACGUGAAGGCCAAGAUUCAGGAUAAGGAAGGGAUUCCUCCGGACCAGCAGAGGCUCAUAUUUGCCGGAAAGCAGUUGGAGGAUGGGCGUACCCUCGCUGAUUACAACAUUCAAAAGGAGUCCACCCUCCACCUUGUCCUCCGGCUCCGCGGUGGUCAACUCUAAUUGCUUUUCCUUGUCUUUCCUUUCUUGUGGUAUUGUGUCUGUGUUUGUGGUGGUCUAGUAGUUGCUCAAUGGCCGCCAUAGUUUUUUCGCAUACUCCUUAAUGAAUAAAUAAACAGAAUAUUUUCUGGUUAA